GUAGCUGUAUGGCCUGCCACAUAGCGGCCCCUUCCCCUUGUCCCUUUCCUCGCAUGUCGUCGUUUUCAUGUUGAUCGAAGGAAGGCUCCUGGUGAACACAAACAAAAGUCUUUUGUACGGGGUGGGGAGUCAAGCAGCUUAUAAUGUUGAUGAACGCCUUCGCCUAUCCUGCAGUCACCUCCAUUUCGGUGGUGACUUUUCCCUUCUUCACGCUGGCGGCCAAGAAAGAGAUCAGCGCGGCCUUCAGUAGUAAAAUCAAACAACGCCUCGACCUCCCGAAGAAUACUAGCAAUGCCGUCCUCUUCCACACUACCGGCCUCGCCCCUCCCAUCGACUACAUGCUGGUGGACGCGUUGAUGGUGUUCUUCAAGGGCGCGGCGCAGCAGCUAUGGAGCCUCCACCUCAGCAGUGACAACAUCCCGAGCUUCCGGCCGGCCGUAGGACUUGUUGCAGCCGCCGGCCCUCUUCCUCCCACGCCGGCGCCGCUGUGCAGCAGUAGCAGCAGCAACAGUAGUAACGCUGUAUCCCUCCCCACCCCGCCGCGGAAUGAUGUCGCAGUUGGCGAAAGCGCCCCCAGCAGCAGUAGCAGUAGCAAACGUCCACCUGCGCCACAGGUAAGCAGCAGUAGCAGUAGUAGUUCCCUUCUCCUGUCCUCCCUGCCGCAGGCCGGUAUGUCAAGCAGCAGUAGCAGCUCCCACCACCUCUCCGUACCGCCAGCUGCAGAUAGAUCCGGCAGUAAUGAGUCAGAUAGUGUCAGGGCGUCGGCGCUCCGUCCUCAUCCUCCGGCGCCCCCGGGAGAAGCAACCUCAGCAGCAGUAGGCAGUAAAAGUAGCAGUAGCAGUAGUGCCGCGCGUCCUCCCUCUCCUCCACCCACCGCCGGCACCCCGGAUGCAGAAGAAGUUGAUGAAGAUGUUGAGGCCGACGAGUUUCCCUCGUCAGCGAACAUCCACGCACAAGGAGAUCCGGGAGAAGUAGUCGGAGCCGCGCAGUUUGUCAACCCGUUGUGGGCCCCGUGCACAGAGGCCUGGUCUGACAGGAUGAACCGCAUAGCACUGAGCGACGACUUUAGGGAACUAGCGGAGGCAGCAGUAGCGCUCAGCAUCGGUAGGAAGUAUUGGCGAGGCGUGGACAAGAUUAGUGUGCGCGACAUGAGCACGGUGGCGGCGGAUUUCGGGGUCCCGGACCCAGCAGCAUGCGGAGACGACCACAAGCUGAAGGACAAGUGCAGGUUGCUGAUCUCCCAGAUCACAGAGGCCGAGAUCCAGCGGGCCAUCGCAGAUCCAACAAUAAUGGUCUCAUGCACAGACGGAGGAGCAAAAGGGGACACGGGCAGCGGGGGCGGUGCCUCCUGGUCGGGAUGCAAGUUCCAGGAGGAGACCCCCGCACCACUGGUGGUGAGCUGUUGUGGCAUUGUGUCAGAGAUCCCAGAAGCGGAUCCUGAUUCUUUUGAUGGCGAGUGUUUUGGUCUUAUCCAUCACAUUCGCGAGCUGAUCAAAAAGAUCGAUCCUACCACCCUCCGAAAAAUCAAGAAGCAUAAGUUCUACAUAGAUAAUAAUGGGCUGCUAAUGGCCCUGAAAGCAUACAGAGACCGUAGUAACCCCAUGAUAAUAAUGGUGGUGCUAGAACUAGAGAAACUAGAAGCAUGUCGUCGUUUUCAUGUUGAUCUGGUCAACACAAACAAAAGUCUUUUGUACAGAGAAUUAUGUCACAGUUGUAGUAGAUUGUUGCAAGGAAAAUUCAUGACUUCAUGAUGUUGACGAGAACACAUCAGGAACAAGCGGAUCCUCACAAGCACACCAUUCGAAAAUCGAAUAUUGCAUGACAUCCAACAUGGCAAAUGUUUUGUACACAAGAAAUUUUAUCGAGCGGCAUACGCUUCAUGAGCGACAAACUUUGCCGUUUUUCCGGUUGCCGCUAGCCGUCUUGCUUGCCGUACCGAGAAGUACUAGCUGUCCGUCCAUCCGUGUAGUUGCGUUCGUAGAAAG